AUGGCGAAGCACCCUCGAAAACGACAGAAGACACACCCUUCAUUGCCGCUCGGCGACGGCAACAAUGCAAGAUUAGAGAUGCUCCUCGACGACGAGAGCAAGGACGACGAAGAGAGGAGGUUAGAGAGUAUGCUAUUUGGCGUCAAGUACGUUCCUCGGGGGAAAGGGAAAGGCAAGGAACCCGACGAUGGCGAGGAGGGUGAAGAUGCCUUGGAUUUUGGUGGGCGGGGGAUGGAUCAUCUUCUCGACAACGAUUUGUUUUUUGUCGACGAUGGUGCUGAUGAGCAGCCAGUCAUACCUUCUGUAGACAGCGACGACGACGAGGGCCAGUCCGACGACGAAAACAACUCCGCAUCGUCAAGUUCUGAUUCAGAGGCAUCCACAUCCCAGCCUUCCCUAGCUAACCUAACAUCCAAAUCGAAAAGGAAGCCCCCAGCAUGGACAGAUCCAACAGACAUCAACCCCAACACCGGCGUCUCCUUGCUCUCGGGCCCCACGCGCCUGCGCAAACUCCGCCAGGGACCAGACGAAGACACCAUCACUGGACGGGAGUAUGAAACACGGCUGAGGCAGCAGUUUGAGCGCAUCAACCCCGAACCGGCGUGGGCGAAGAAAGCGAGGAAGAUCAGGCGCGGGGACGUUGAUGGUUCCGAAGACGAGGAUGCCAAUGAUAUCUUUUCGUCGACCUCGGGAAUUCUCAAGAAAAAAGACGCAGGAAAGGUCGUGCUAAAACAAGGCCAGCUAUCUAUUGAACGUCUGCGCGAUGCGAACCAGGCCGCGCAGGGCUCGGGCAAUGGGGAAGUGAGAGUUUUGGCUUUCCACCCUAGUCCAGCCGUGCCCGUCUUGUGCGUGGCUUCUGCUGAUCGUCGAGUACGGUUGUUCAACGUUGACGGCCACCUCAACCCCCUACUAACAACCCUUCACCUCCCCAACCUCCCACUAACGUCCCCAACCUCCGCCCUAUUCCACCCCAGAGGCACCUCCAUGCUCCUCUCCGGUCCACGUCCCUUCUUCUACACCUACGACCUUCAAACUGGCACGAGCGCCCACCACGCACGGGGUCUUUGGGGGACCACGUUCGGGAGUGUCUCCGAUAACACAACAUCCGUCACCUCGUCCAGAAGGAAACGCGGCUCCGGCGCUACUGUGGAUAAGGGAGAAGCGAUGUCGUUGACGGCGUUUAGUCCUUCUGGGGAGUUGUUAGCCGUUGCAGGGCGCAACGGGUACAUUCACCUUGUGGACUGGAAGAGUGGGGCUGGGCAGGUGAUUGAUAGCCUCAAAUGCGCUUCUUCUGGAGGGGGUGGUGGCGGGAUCCACGGGAUGUGGUGGAAUGCUGCUGGUUCAGAUGAUCAUCUCACGGUACUAACGGGAGAUGCGGAGGUGUACCUGUGGGAUGUGGGUCAACGACGGUGUGUUAGACGGUGGAAAGAUGAGGGCGGAUUUCGGGGUGCUGGGAGGGCUCUGGCGGGUACUACGGCUGGGAAUGGGUACUUGGCAGUUGGGUCGAACACGGGUUUCGUGAACCUGUACGGCUCGGACUCAUUCUCGUCCGACAGCUUCAACUCAAAUGUGAAUCCUAAACCGGUGAAGACCAUAGGAAACCUAACGACUGCCAUAUCAACGCUACGAUUCAACCACGACGCGCAAAUUCUUGCUGUGGCAAGUAAAGAGAAAAAGGAUUCAAUGAGGAUGAUCCACCUCCCGUCCGCAACGUCUUUCUCCAACUGGCCAACGUCAAGCACGCCCUUGGGCCACGUCUCCGCGAUCGAUUUCUCUGCGCACAGCGAAUACGUCGCCAUUGGCAACACGAAAGGCCGUGUGUUAUUGUAUCAUUUGAAGGAGUAUGGGGCCCCAAGUGCUGAACGAUGGGGUUACUGA